AUGGCCCAUCGAUCUUCUACUUCAUCUCCAGAUCGGUCAAGACUUGGCGAUAGUGAUCUCUCAGUUGGAAAAAUGGGUGAGGAUGAGGAAGGUUGCCAGGAUGGCGAGCUUCUUAACAAUCUUGCUGAGUUAGAAGAAGACGAGAAUGAAAAAAAAGAACCAGAUGUCCGCAGAGAAAGAGAUGGGGGAAUUGAAAUUAGCGAUACUGAAGAGUCCGUAGCUCCGAAAGAGCUAAACCAAGUCCAGAGAAGUCUCUGUCCAUCAGUAAAUCUGGAGGUGAGUGGUAGCGAUUUGCUGGAGCCUUUUGCGCGUCCCACUCUUGCCCCAUCUCGAUAUGCUCACUUUGCCUGUGGUCCAGGACAUUCUGGUUCAUCUUUAAAUCAACGUGCAUGUAAGGUUGAUUCAGUGUCAGAUGGUUCUUCCGUUUCUAACUCAUACUCUGUAUGCUUUGGCAGCAACAACAGCACCAUUAACACAGUCACACCUUCCUUUUCCUCCUUCAAUAAUGUAACUGCGGCCACGUCUCCUGUCACCUCUCCUAAAAGGCACAUUUGUAUGAUGCCUAUCUCUUCUACCCGAGAUUGUCGAUUUCCUUCAGUCUCUUUUACUCAAGUUCCUAGUCGAUCUUAUCAGGCCGCUAAUGCUUCCAACUCCACGUCAUUUUGCAAAUCGGUGCACCCCAACUCAGGAGUCAGAGUUCUGCUAUCCACUCGUCUCAAAGAGCGCGCAUUAAAACGCUCCUCUCCAGCAACUCUUGCUACCGCUUCGGCGAAACGGGCACAAACCAGUUCUGAUGCACUUUUGGAUAGGUCUCGACAACAUAUCAGAUAUAAUCCAGUCAUUAUCAGAGACCCUAAAAACGAUCCCUUUUCGAUGGCGGCUGAAGUUUCAGAUCAGGAAAUGGAGACUGCUUCUGUAUCUAUUAAGGGAAAAGUUCAAUUUAAUGAUAUGAAUGAUAAUGGCAGUGAUCCUAAUGACAGGGAUUUCAAAGAUGUGGUGGUGGAGGAAGAAGAAGUGAACAAGAAGAAUGAAGGUAAUCGGGAAAACACUCUUUUUGAUGCUGCAUUACCAGAUUGCAUAGGACACCGCUUCGACUCUCUUGAUUCCAAGGAGGCCGUUGAAUGUAUGUUAGGCUCUGUUGAGAAUGACUUACUUUCUCCUCCUGCAUGCGCAUCAACACGCUCUUUUAUCGUCUCUGGCCAGCCUGAUGUAUGGCCUCUAAAUUCAUCCCACUGCUCUUCUCUUGUAACCACUCCUGCGAUUCAUUCCGUUGGCAGGGGUGGUAGUUUUUUCAUGAGCAGUAAAAUUCGUCGCAUGACUAACCGCAUAUCUGUGGCAUCUGAGAAUCCUAACUUAUCGGCUUUGAUAUCAGACAAUCUUGACUCAUGCCCUGCUACUUGUUCAUCAUCUUCUAAUUCUACUACAACAGCUUCUACCGCCUCUAUGAUGAAUACUGAAAUUGGUGCAUCUGAAUCCGAAGCCUCAUUUGUUUGUGGUAAUUUAGCGAGAUCCACUCGGGGUGCAUUAGCUGGUUCAGGUUUCACCAAAUGGUCAACGUCAAUUCAGCAUCCUGUCCAUAAGAGCUUUCGUUCGUCAACACGCCGUUCCAUUUCAGCCGAGCGACAUUCUACAAUCUGCUCAAGCGAUUCUGUACCUGAUUCUGCCGUUUCUCACCUUCCUAUUGCUGCAUUGCCUAAAUCCCAUGGCCAAUCUCUUAUUGGUAAGAUCUUAAGUUAA